GAUUCAUGCCUAAACCCAAAAUUGUUUGGCUGCCGCCUCUUCUUCCUCGACGUGUACCUUCUCUCUUCAACCCUAGCUUAGGGUUUAUGCUCUAAAACCCUCUUGGGGGAUCGAAAUCUUAUUCCAGGUUUUGUCGGAGUAGAAAAAAAAUGCUUGUGUUGUUUGAAACUCCUGCCGGGUUUGCCCUGUUUAAAGUUCUGGAUGAAGGCAAGCUUUCAAAAGUUGAGGACUUGUGGAAGGACUUUUCCAGCGCAGACACUGCUAGACAGGUGGUCAAGUUGAAAGCGUUUUCUAAGUUCGAGAACACUUCAGAAGCUCUAGAAGCAGCGACUUUACUAAUUGAUGGAAAAGCAAGCAAAGGUCUUCGCAAGUUCUUGCGUGUUCAUUGUGAAAAUGAAACACUUGGUGUGGCCGAUUCAAAACUUGGGAAUGUGAUUAAAGAGAAAUUGAAAAUCGAUUGUAUUCACAACAAUGCAGUCAUGGAGUUGAUGAGAGGUGUCAGAAAUCAGUUAACUGAACUCAUAUCUGGUCUAGCUGUUCAAGACAUGGCUCCAAUGAGCCUGGGUUUAUCCCAUAGCUUAUCCAGAUACAAGUUGAAGUUUAGCGCAGAUAAGGUGGAUACCAUGAUUGUGCAAGCUAUUGGUUUACUUGAUGAUCUUGAUAAAGAGUUGAAUACAUAUGCCAUGAGGGUUCGUGAAUGGUAUGGUUGGCAUUUUCCCGAACUUACUAAAAUAGUACAAGAUAACAUCCAAUAUGCAAGGGCAGUCAAGUUGAUGGGUGAUCGUGUCAAUGCAGCUGAGCUUGAUUUCUCUGAGAUUUUGUCUGAGGAAGUGGAGGCAGAACUUAAGGAGGCAGCUGUAAUAUCUAUGGGAACUGAAAUCGGUGAUCUUGAUUUGGCAAAUAUUAGGGAACUCUGUGACCAGGUUUUGGCUCUUUCGGAAUACAGGGCACAACUAUAUGAUUAUCUGAAGAGCAGGAUGAACACCAUUGCACCCAAUUUGACUGCGAUGGUUGGGGAGCUUGUUGGUGCUCGUCUCAUUGCCCAUGGUGGUAGCUUAUUAAAUCUUGCAAAGCAGCCUGGUAGCACUGUGCAGAUUCUUGGUGCUGAGAAGGCUCUCUUCAGGGCACUGAAGACUAAGCAUGCUACUCCGAAGUAUGGUCUUAUAUACCAUGCAUCUUUGAUUGGUCAGGCAGCUGCAAAGUUCAAGGGGAAAAUUUCUCGGUCACUUGCUGCAAAGACAGCAUUGGCUAUUAGGUGUGACGCACUUGGAGAUGGCCAAGACAACACCAUGGGAUUGGAGAACAGAGCCAAGCUUGAGGCGCGAUUGAGGAACCUUGAAGGGAAAGAGUUGGGUCGUUUUGCCGGUUCUGCUAAGGGAAAACCUAAGAUAGAAGCAUAUGACAAGGACAGAAAGAAAGGAGCGGGAGGACUGAUCACCCCGGCUAAGACAUAUAAUGCUUCGGCUGAUUCAGUUAUCGGGCAAAUUGUCAAUUCCGCCAUGGAUGAGGAUAAACAAGAGGCUUCUGUUGCUGAUAAAAAGAAAGAAAAGAAGAAAAAGAAGGGGAAAAAUGAAGAGGAACCAACUGUUCAAGCUGAUGUUGCUGAGGAGCCAGAACCCGAAGUUGAGAAGAAAGAAAAGAAGAAGAAAAGGAAGGAGGCUAGUGAGAAUACUGAGUUGCAGAAUGGGAAUGGAGACAUGAAUGCAGGAGAGAAGAAGAAAAAACGGAAAAAGCAUGCAGAGCAAGAAGAAUCUCCUGAAAUGCCAAGCAAGAAGAAAGGGAAAAAAAAGAAAACUGAAAACUAAAGUUUAAUAGCGGUGUAGUCAUCUACUAAUCUGGUGAAUGACAACCAUUUUUGUAUACUUCUGGCAGGUCGGUAGUUUGUUCGGUAAAAUUUUUGUUUUCAUUUUUAUGCAACUUGUAGCCUUAUAUACAUCCUUAUUAUUUUUUAAUGGGAUACAUUCCUUCUUUC